AUGCAGUUCAAGCAUGGCGAGCUCGUGGUGCAGGAGCUCAGCUGCGCACAACAUCAAGCCCGCGAUGCCGCGGAUCUGGAAAGGCAUGGCAAGAAGCAGCGAUUCGAGAGAAACUUUGGCUUUCUAUCGAUGCUGGGAUUUCCUACGACGAUGAUGUGUACUUGGGAAGCUGUUCCUUUUGUGCGUGUCAACUACUAUGAAUGGAGAUGCUUCGCUGAGGAUAAACCCAGUGCCAACCCGACUGCCAUGAUCGAUGGAGGCCCUGUAACUCUGGUCUAUGGGUACUUCUUCUGCUGGUUUGAGACUCUCGUGACUGCCAUGUCGCUGGCAGAACUGGCCUCGAUGGCGCCCACAUCCUCCGGGCAGUAUCACUGGGUGGCAAUGCUUGCCCUCAAGGGUCAUGCAGUGUUCUUGAGCUGGGUGACGGGUUGGGUCGACAUGAUCGGGUGGUGGGCCAACACAGCGACCGGGGUCUAUUUCGGAGAUACGUUGACUCAAGGCCUCUUGGUGCUGAAUUAUCCCAACUACAUUUACCAGCGAUGGCAUGGCACCUUGCUGAUGUCUGCCGAGCUUGGGAUCUGUGUACUGGUAAACUCCAUCGGUGCGCGGCUUCUGCCCAAGGUCGAAGGCUUGAUAUUGAUCGUUCAUACAAUCGGCUUCUUCGCGGUGCUCAUCCCCCUGGUGUAUCUGGCACCGCAUCAGCAUGCGAGUUCUGUCUUCGGGAGCUUCGUCAAUAGUUCGGGAUGGAGCAAUGCGGGUCUUACCUGGUUGGUUGGUCUAAAGGGAACAAAUCUGCCCUUUAUCGGCUAUGACGGUCCUUGUCACAUGGGUCUUUUAGCUCAUCACUGCCUGGCCGCUGAGGAAGUGGUCAAUGCAUCCAUCAUCGUCCCAUGGUGUAUGAUCGGCGCCAUCCUGCUUAACGGGACCCUCGGACUCGCCAUCGACGCCUUGAAUAGUGCUACUGGCUACGAUUUCAUCGAGAUAUUCUUCAAUGCCACCAAGUCACACGCUGGCACCUCAGUCAUGACCGCUAUCCCGACAGCCCUAGUCAUCUGCGCCUCCUUUGGCUUCCUGGCCUCCACCUCGCGCCUGACCUGGGCCUUUGCUCGCGACAAAGGCGUUCCGUUCUCGGAAUACUUCUCCCACGUCAGCACCAACAACGCCAUCCCGAUGCGCGCUGUCGGUCUCGCCGCCGUGAUCACCGCGUGCAUUUGCGUCAUCAACGUCGGCUCUAGCGCCGCCUUCAAUGCCUUCGUCUCUCUCAAUACCGCGAGCCUCUUCCUCUCCUACCUGAUCCCUAUCACUCUCAUAGUGAUGAAGCGGAUGCGGGGCCAGUCCAUCCCCUUUGGGCCGUGGACCCUCGGGUGCUUGGGGAUCGCGGUCAACCUGGCCUCGAUCGGAUUUCUGACCAUCACCAUCUUCUUCUCUUUCUUCUUCUCCGAGCUACCCGUCACGACGGUCAAUAUGAAUUGGUCGGUGGUGGUGUUCUUCGGAGAACUCGUGGUGGGGCUGGCGUGGUAUGCGGUCCGGGGAAGGCAUGUUUACCAAGGACCUCUAGUCAAGACCGGGGUCGGCCUCUAUUUGAUGUGA